GCCCAACUGUGCCGUACGGCGGCUGGGGAAAGAUCAGCGUUUGUUCAGGAUAAUUCAAAUGUAGUAUUUGACGUAGAGGUCAUGCGAGGACACAGACAUGUUCACGUUCGUGAUCUAUAAUUAAGAAGUGACUUGGUGCAGAGAGUCUGUGAAGGUGGCCCAAAACUCCAACUGAUACCUUUCAGAGUGGACGAUGCUCCUUAGAAGAAGAAACCAAGUUGUUGUCUCAGAACCUGCAUCCUUAGUUGUGUUGGUGCAUAUGCGUUAAUGUGGGCAGGACAGCAGUGUUCAGAAAAAUGCUCAGAUUAGGGCCGGUGUUCAGAAAAAUGCUCAGAUUAGCGCAGGUGUUUGUAUAAAUGCUCAGAUUAGCGCAGGUGUUCAGAUAAAUGCUCAGAUUAGCGCAGGUGUUCAGAUUAGCGCAGGUGUUUAGGUAAAUGUUUUUCCUUUGAUAAUGGAUCGGUUGAUAAUUCUUUUCUAUUUUCUACCUCCGGUAAGGGGGUGUGUAAAAAUAAUGUGCUUGUUGAACUCUCUCCUUUUUUCCUUUCCGUUUUCAUUAAUGUUGUGGAGAGCGUUAGCGUCUGUAGCUCGUGUGGGUGACUGUUUGUUUGAAACAGACUGUGGGUAACUGUCUGAAGCAGAAACAGUCACCCACAUACACUCUGAUAGAUUCUUUAAUCAUAUGUCAAAAUGAUCAGAGUUGUUUUUUUGUGCUGUGGCUCCAUCUACGCUGUGUUCCAGUAAGGGAGCAGUCAGACUCCCCUUUUCAGGAAAACGUCGGCCGGACUUAAAGCUCAGAUCCGCUUCAGACUAGGCAGGAGCAGCUGGCAGCAUUUAACAGGGCAAAGCCUCUGCUUGCCAGUUUUGGUUAGAGUUGGUCUGGCCCUCACUGAUUGACAGAGCUGAUAACUUGAAUUUAAUGCGUGGAAAGCCACACGUGUUGUACAUGGACAUCAAGGAAAAAUAUAAAAUAAAACAAAAAUGUAGGAUUUGGGCCCUUUUAAAAAUAAAGUGAAAUAAGUGAAAAGCUCGAGAGGGAUACUAGAUUCCAUUUAAGAUCGGACAGCCGAAGAAACAGAUCGUUUCGAAAACGGUUGAAAGGGACUUUGAGCGGGAAUACGAGAAGCUCCAGAAGUUGGAAGACCAGACAAAGAAGCUGCACAAAGACAUGAAGAAAAGCACUGAGGCUGACAUAGCCAUGUCGAAAGCAGCGGUGAAGAUCACCGGGGACUUGCUCAGUAACCCGCUGUGUGAGCAGGAUCAAACCUUCCUGGAGUCCAUGACCGCUCUGGACACAGCUAUGAAGAGAAUGGAUGCGUUCAACCAGGAGAAGGUCAACCAGAUUCAGAAGACUGUCAUCGAUCCUCUGAAGAAGUACAGCAGUGUGUUCCCGAGCCUCAACAUGGCAGUGAAGCGUCGUGAGCAGGCCAUGCAGGACUACAAACGGCUGCAGGCCAAAGUGGAGAAAUAUGAGGAGAAGGAGAAGACCGGACCCAUCAUGGUCAAACUGCACCAGGCAAGGGAAGAGUUGAGGCCGGUCAAGGAAGAUUUCGAAGCCAAGAAUAAGCAACUACUGGAAGAGAUGCCCAAAUUCUACCACAGCCGAAUAGACUACUUUCAGCCCAGCUUCGAGGCUCUCAUUCGAGCCCAGGUGGUGUACUUCACAGCGAUGCACAAGAUCUUCAGCGAGCUGACCGAUCAGAUCGAUCAGGGAGGCCUGACGGAUGAACAGAGGGAGGAACAGACCGAGGCCAAGCUAAAUGAGCUGCGCGCUCUGUCCAUCGUGGCGGACGACUGAGAAACCGCCGGGUUCAGCUUCCGUUUGCCCGUCUCUCUCCUUGCCAAGUGCACCGUUCAGUCCGAGUCAACGGUGUGGGAAUUACCGUAGAUUGUUGUACACAGCCACCAGUCACCUAGACGUGAAGAACUUUUUUUUGUUGAAAAUAAUGCCAUUAAGGAAUUGGAUUUUUUUUUUUUUUAGUUCUGUCAUUUUUAUAAUUUAUUAAACUUCUCUGAUCGAGUGUAGUUGCCCAUAACAUUUGCUGUUGGGUCAUAUGAAAGAAAACUAACAGCAGCUUUCCUCAGGCAAAAUUCACUACAGCCUAAAAGGCACGUUUGGGGGACCUCCGUCUACUCCUCUUUCCUGAUUCUGUGUCAUGUGUUUAAGUACCGCAGGCGCAAUUUACAGCAACAUCUACAGUAAGGGGCUACAGUUCAGCUACAGCUUCUCGUUAGAAAACGUGUGUGCGUGUAGCACAGGCAAGGCGUAAAACUCCUGCUUUGAUCAGCACAUGUAAUGUCCAACACAAGCAUGAAGUAUGAACUGAACGUUUAUUUAGUUAGAGAGGGUAUUUUGCAGCUAUUUACAGACCAUUAAACUUGAGCAUCUGCAGUAAUAUUUCAUGAGUGUGUGAAUAAAAGCUGUAGCCCUAUACUGUAGCGCCCUCCACUGACAGAAAAAAAGAUUGCAUCUCAGCCCCCCCCCCCCGAAACAAUUUCUUGUGGCUUCUAAUGUUCAUUUUAUGGAUUCACCAGUUUGUGUGCGUGUAGUUAUAUUUUUUAAAUGUUGGCCUUUUACAUUAUUACUUUAGCUGCAUCUCAGAUCUUGCAGCCAUAAAAGAGUUUGUGAUUAAUGUUGGGAACACAUUCGGUUCCGGACCAAGCACCUGUUCGGCGUCACAUGAACCGUCCCGUUUCUGCCAAAGCACCAGUAAAGGCCGGCAACCGGGAAGGGACUGCCAAGUGUUCCGUUUUCGGAACCGCAGCUUCUUACUAAAUGAUCUUGGUAUGAUAAUGAGUUUGAAGUUACAUUCGUACUUGUACCUUGUACGUACUUCAUUUCGCCUCGGGCCUCAUUGUGUUCCUGCCUAAAUAAUUGGGAUUUUACUGAUGGCUCAUUAUUUCAUAUCCAGCGGGCCUCUAAUGGUUGAAUGGCUUUUGGUACAAAACCUCUUUUUGUUUCUUAUAGUGUUUCAGAUGUUUGUAACCCUAGUUCUUUUAAAUCCUUAACAUUUGUUAUUUUAUAUUCAUGUGAAGCAUUACAAUAAAUUGGUUGAUAUGCA